UGAUCAAGUUUGAAACAGUUGCAACUAAAUAAAAAUGGGAAUUGCUGAAACUGUAGAAAAUGUUCCUACCAACUGGGCCUUAAUUUUACGCCAAGACUCUCACGCUGUUCAGCCUCUAAAGAACAGGAUCUCAUAAAUAAGAUUGGCCUAUCGUUUUCAUAACAACCUUCAACCUUGUUUUCCCAAAUCAUUAGAGGAGAUGUAGCCAUCUCAUGAAGACUACAUCUCGUCCUCCAAUGUUCCACCAAAUUAUUCUCCCUUGGUUCACCAAUUCCCAUAUUCAUAUUUAAACACACCAUACACGCCACAAGUUCUCACCUCCACAGAAAUGGCUUCAAUGUUUUGGGUUCUGCUUUUGUCUUGCUUCAUCUUUUCAGUAUCCCUUAACAAUGCACAAUCCCCAGCAGCUUCGCCCUCCACUUUGCCAACCACAACGCCGUCAUCACCUACCGUCUCACCGGUGGCUGCAACACAACCACCGGUAAGUGCAGCCACACCAAAAUCAUCACCAUCCCCUAAGGUUGCACCCACAGUGAGCCCCACGCUUCCCCCACCACAGACCCCGCAGAGUUCACCGGUCUCUGCUCCGUCGAAACCACCGUCUGUACCAUUGCAACCAGUAGCGGCACCAGUUUCUCCACCACCACCCCUACCGCCACCUUUGCCAGCACCACAGAUAUCCCCAACGCCAGUUCAAGCACCCCCAGCACCAGCUCCUGCAAAGGAGACGCCAGCUCCAGCACCUGCUAAGGAAGUACCAGUGCCCACACCAGCACCCUUAAAGGCACCACCUGCGCCAGCGCCAGCGCCAGAGAUCAAGCCACCAGCUCCAGAACCUGUUCUUGGGCCCUCACCUACACCUGCUCCGCCCCACAAACACAAGAAUAGACAUAAGCACAAGCACAAGAGGCACCAUCAUGCACUUGCACCAGCACCUGCACCAGUACCAACUGUUGUUCACAAGAGCCCUCCAGCGCCUCCUACUGUGGAAGAGUCCACUGUCGAUACAGCCCCAGCACCGUCACCAACUUUGAACGGAGGAAAUACGCUGCGUCUUCAAGGAGGAUGGUCUGGGAUGUCGAUAAGAACUGGAGUAGCCAUUCUCAUUCUAGCAACUGCAAUAGGCUACCGUGCCUAGCAACCUUAUACAAGCCAUGGUUUGUUGUUAUCCUACAAAGAGUCGAUUAUUUCACAUGUGCAGAAUAAGAAAAAUACAGAUUAUUGAAUUAGCUAUUGAUGCGAUUUUUUUUUCCACAUUUUGUAUUCUCUUCAAUUCUUUCAUACUUAAAUAUAUGUGGAGAUGAGUUAUGAAUCACAAGCACCAUCUAACUCAACCAAAAGGAGAAAAGGAACAACACAAUAAACUCAAUAUUACAGGGUCAAA